GCAAGAUGGGAAGGGAGCUGGAGGCAGCGCUCGUGCAUAGUGCGUUUUGGUGAAGAGGAGAGGACCUGGGUGCCAUUUGCGCACGACUGCUGCGCCGCAAGCAUCGGAUUCGCACCGCGGACUCUCUGGAGCAUGAGCAGAGAUGGCCGUGCAUGUGAAUUCUUUCCUUCUCUUUGCACAGUUAAUACUUUCUAUGAGCCUGGGCCACUGCAUGGAGGCGGAUUUCUGCGUGCCCGUCCGCGUGGAGCAGAGGAAACCCGAGAGGCGUGCGCAAGGGCGCGCGGAGCAGGUUGUGUUCCGAGUGAGCGCGUUCAAAGAGGAGUUUUACCUGCACCUCACGCCGGAUGUCAGCUUCCUCUCUGCAGGCAGCGUGGAGCCCGAGAGCGAGCUCAGGGACUGCUUCUACUCCGGGCACGUCAACGCGGACCGGGACUCCUUCGCCGCGCUCAGCCUGUGCAAAGGUCUGCAGGGGGGCUUCUCCUACAAUGGCACGGAGUACUUCAUCAGCCCGACCGGCACUGAGGGCGCAGCGACCGGAUUCGGCAACUCCGUGCACGGGACGCACGUCAUCCGCCGCCGCAGACGCACCAACAGGUGCGGAGUUACACCUGACUCCAACUUCACCGUCUCCCUGGAGAAGUACAGGUACAUGAGCGAGCUGGAGGUGGACAGCUGGAGCGACACCGUGCUGAAGUCCCUGGGCAGGUCCAAGCGGUUCGCCUCCAUCCCCCGGUUCGUGGAGGUGCUGGUGGUGGCGGACGAGUCCAUGGCCAAAUUCCACGGGGACGACCUGAAGCACUACGUCCUGACCCUGAUGUCCGUGGCGGCGCGGCUCUACAAGCACCCGAGCAUCCUCAACUCCAUCAACCUGGUGGUGGUGGGCUUCAUGGCGCUGAGCGACGCAGACAAGGGGCCCAAGGUGUCCAGCAACGCCGCGCUGACUCUGCGCAACUUCUGCUCCUGGCAGAAGAAGCUGAACAAACACAGCGACAAGCAGCCGGAGUACUGGGACACCGCCAUCCUCUUCACCAGACAGGACCUUUGUGGGGCUACAACCUGCGACACGCUGGGGAUGGCCGACGUUGGGACCAUGUGCGACCCGAAGAGAAGCUGUUCCGUCAUUGAGGAUGACGGCCUACCCUCAGCUUUCACCACUGCUCACGAACUCGGUCACGUCUUCAACAUGCCGCACGACAACGUGAAGGCAUGCGAGGAGGUGUUUGGGAGGCUGAAGGACAACCACAUGAUGUCUCCCACGCUGAUUCAGAUCGACAGGAGCCGACCCUGGUCUGUGUGCAGCGCUGCCAUCAUUACCGAGUUCCUGGACAGAGGUCAUGGAGACUGUCUGCUGGACCAGCCCCAGAAGCAGCUGUCUCUGCCGGACCACCUGCCCGGCUCCAGCUACAGCCUCCACCGCCAGUGCGAGCUGGCCUUUGGCUCGGGCUCCAAACCCUGUCCCUACAUGCAGCCCUGCUCCAAGCUGUGGUGCACCGGGAAGGCCCGCGGACAGCUGGUCUGCCAGACCCGGCACUUCCCCUGGGCGGACGGCACCACCUGCAGCAGCGGCAAGGUCUGCUACCAAGGGGCGUGUGUUGAGAAGAACAGCACCAUGCAGGCAAAGGUGGAUGGACGCUGGGGGAAGUGGGGUGCAUUUGAAGAAUGUUCCAGGAGUUGCGGUGGAGGCGUUCAGCUCGCCAAAAGAGCAUGUGAUAACCCGGCGCCUGAGAAUGGAGGCAAAUACUGCUAUGGCCUUCGCAUAAAAUACCGCUCCUGUAACCUCAACUCGUGUCCUGAAACAGCUAAGAGCUUCCGGGAGGAGCAGUGCGAGGCCUUCAACGGCUUGAACCUCAACACCAACAGACUCGGCUCCUCUGUAGUUUGGGUUCCCAAAUAUUCCGGCAUUUCUCCGAAAGACAAAUGCAAGCUCAUCUGCCGAGCAAACGGGACCGGGUACUUCUACGUCCUCGCACCGAAGGUGGUGGACGGGACGCCCUGCUCUCCAGACACAUCGGCUGUCUGCGUGCAGGGAAAGUGCAUCAAGGCGGGCUGCGACGGCAAGCUGGACUCUAACAAGAAGUUUGACAAGUGCGGCGUGUGCGGCGGGGACAAUCAGGGCUGCAAAAAGGUCUCAGGAUUGUUCACCAAGCCCAUUCAUGGCUACAACUUUGUGGUGAUGCUGCCUGCGGGAGCCUCCAACAUCGACAUCCGACAGCGCGGCUACCGAGGAAUCGUCAGCGAUGAGAACUACUUGGCUGUGAAGAACCGUCACGGCAAAUACCUCCUGAACGGAAACUACGUGGUGUCGGCGGUGGAGCGCGACCUGCUGGUGAAAGGCAGCCUGCUGCGAUACAGCGGGACCUCCACGUCCGUGGAGAUUCUUCAGGCCACCAGGCCCCUGCAGGAGCCUCUGACCGUGGAGGUGCUCUCGGUGGGGAAGAUGACUCCUCCCAGGGUGCGCUACUCCUUCUACAUCUCUAAGGAGAGCAAGGAGGAGAAAACGCUGCGCAAAGAGGAGAAGAGCCACAAAGCUCACAACAGCGUCCUGUCCGACAGCAACAAAAUCGAAUCGAAGAAGCAGAUGAUGGGGAAGAGGCCGACGAGUCACUGGGUGACGGGAGGGUGGGAGUCCUGCUCGGUGACCUGCGGGAACGGUCUGCAGAAGAGGCUGGUGCAGUGCCAGAACCUGGAGGGGCGCUCUGUGCUGGACUGCGACGGCGCCGACAGGCCCAUAUCGGUGAGGGCAUGCGGGGAUCCGUGUCCUGUGUGGGACGCUGGCACCUGGUCUCCUUGUUCCAAAUCCUGCGGGAGGGGCUUUAGGAGGCGGGCAGUGCGCUGCAUGACUGACAACGGUCUGAAUCUGCCCAGAGAGCACUGCUCUGGGAGGAGGAAGCCUCAGGAACUGGACCUGUGCAACCUGAAGCCGUGUUAGAGCAGGACACAACCGGCCCGGGUGUGUCUGGACUUCUUAACGGCAGGCGGAGGGACCGUUUGACUUGAACCUUCGCCAGAAUCAGCAAAUCUGCGCUGAGCAAAGUGUGAGAACACUCAAAUGUUGCCCAACUAUGUCUGAAGAGGCUGCAACAAAGUAAGCCAGUGGAAACAGAGAGGGUCUUCCUCCACUGUCUGACAGGACAGGCGCUUGUUUACCGAAGACGAGAAACAGACAACUGUCUUCUGGUGAAGUGUCAAAGCAACUUCGGCAGGUUUUACUUGUGGUUACUCUACCUCUACUAGGACACAAAGCCGGGGCAUUUCCCCAGGGCUCUUUCAGAUAUUGGAUUGCUGUUUAGAAUGACAGUUAUCCCCAAAACGUCAGUUUACCAUCAGAAAAAGACACUCGAACACGUGAAGGAGGUAUAUGUGCACCAUCUGGUUCCUCUGAACUGCCCGGUUUGCUGGUUCAGCAGAGCUGCACCAGGCGAGGUUUCACAGCAAAGAAAAGAAAGUUUACGCCGACACUGCUGUGAAAUAUCUCACCUGUAAACCAACAGUAGCUUUUCUGUUCACAGAGGAACUAAUCAAAAUGUGAAACAUAGUACUGUAUCUGCUCCAUUUCUCUGCUGCAGGAACAGGUCCUCAUGAAAGGGUUAGCGUCAUUCCAGUUGUGGUGGUCCAGGUAACUUUCAUACUCAAAUAGUUUUUUUGAGUCGAUACCUUGAAGAUGUGUCCAACAGAAUUUAAAGUUGGGAUAUAUCAGCAAUUCUGCCACUGGUGGUUUUCAAGCUUUGCCAAUGGAAAGGUAGGGAUGCACCGAUACCACUUUUUUAAAGGACAAGUUUGAAAUUUUGCUCGUUAUCAAUACCAAGUACCAGUCUGAGUAUUUAUUAAAUGCUGUUAGGUUUAAUUCAUACUCCAGACACAAACGAUGUAAGAAGACUAUCCAUUGCCAUGAACCACCGCCACACUGCCUCAUGUGAACGCCACACACACCUUGAAUAGCCUUGGAGAUUUCAGUACAUUCACAGUACAUUCAAAAGUUUGAAAUACUCAUGAGGUCGUAUUGGGAAGCUUUCACAAGUACGAGAACUCCAUCCAGUGUCAGAUUCGAUACCCAAUACUGGUAUCGGUAUCAUGAUCGGUAUCGGUUCAUCCCUAGUAAAAAGGUUGCUAAUGUGUGGCUUCAAGAUUCACCAUAUUAUAAACCAAUAAAAGAACCAAUGCUAAUAUUGUUUUGUAGGAGUGGCAAUUAGAUCAAAACAAAAAAAAAUGUUGAACUAUUGAACUAUUAACUAUUGAACUAUUCAUGAUUUCAUCCCUGUGAAGUAAAAAUGCGAAACAAUUUGACCUCAACUAUCCACAAACUUAUUGGAUCAUUCAUCGCCAUGUGCAUAUAUUUACCCAUAUUGUCCAAGUUCUCAAACUGCCGUGGAAUUCACGUGUUACUUUACUUAUUGUUGUGAAACAGAACAGUUUUAUUAUGACCAAGUGGUACAUUUUAAUCUGAUGCAUUGAGUCAAGCAUUGAGAAUUGGGGCAGAAUCUUGAAGUUUCUACUUUAUGAGUCUGCUGUAAGCAGAAACACUCGUUUCACACUCCAUUAUUUCAUUUUAAAGCCAAUAUUGCAUCAUAUAAAUGAUGUGGCAGUGAUAUCAAGCAUUCCUAGUUUAUAGUUUUUCUAUGGUUAUGGAGGAGGAAUUUUCUCUAAGUGAUAUAAAUCCGAAUAUAUGUUGGACGGUCAGUGGUGGUGAAGUCACGGUAAAGUUUCAGGGGUUAGAGGUCACACGUGAUCCCUGAAAGCAGCUGAUGCAGUUGGUCGUUAGCUUGUUUGUCGACCAUUAUCACUUCCAAAGAUUGUAACACACUCCAAAAAUCAUCAAAGUGGCAUUCAAAUGUUAGAGUUAACGAGUAUCUUUAAUGUUUAUCAGUCAGUAAGUGUAUUUCCUGUGACAAUCCAGCAACCUGUGGAAACAUUCCAGAGGUUUUCUGACCAGGAGACCAGGCUCAUGCUGGCGCACCGGCUGGAUGACACAAAUUCAUCAACUUUUUCAACCUUUCGCUGUAAGUGAUGUGAUGAGCUUUACAGAUCAUCAAAAUGACACAUUUACCAGUACAUCCUACAUACUUGAUGAACUAUUAAGAAAUUAUAAACAAAGAUUCCCCAUCUCAUGACCAAACCUCCCACAUGUGUAGAAGAGGACUUUGCUAUUUACAUAUUUUCUACGGUGAAUGUAGUCUCUCUGUGUGGUGCACUCGUGAUGUGUCUGUCUCUUCUAUUUAAAAAAAACAUCUGUAAUUGCUCAGCUGUUUCUUCUACAUUGCCAAAGCGGGGAGCUUUCAUGACUUCUCUGUGCAGUAUCGGCUCGGAUACCCGGUACUGUUAUUGGUGCAUCCCCAGUUUAAACCCUAACCGACCUGCAUGAAUUGGACAGCAGCAUGGCGACGUCGGAGCACAUCUCAGUUCAUCCGCCCAUCUUUUUUUUUUUCAUACUGCGUUCGUCUGCAUGGGGCUGUGGAGAAAAUGUGGAGAGCUCAGACAUUCCUGUGGUCCUUGACUUCUUCUGGUCUCAUGAGAUCCAGAUCAACCAAGAGCUCUAAUCCUUCCAGUUGGUCCUCGGCCCAGUUGGAUGCGUCUCGUUCACCUCUGAGAAGAGGCAGAAUGAGAAACACAAAUCAGCAUGCACAGUAGCAACAUCUCUGCCAUCAACGAGGAGACGGGGCCGCAGCGUUUUCAGAUAGCCACGUUUUCCUCCGUUUUCACGGAUUCGGACCAUUUUCAAAAAGUGUUUUCAGUGGUUCUGAGCAGCUGUCGUGGGAACAGACGCCCAAAAUGCAACAAAAGUCUUUCAUCUAAGUUCUCUAUGUCAAACUGGCAGCCUGUCUGGGGUGUAAAUUUCAUAAAAACAUGAUCAAACCCCUCAACCCAUCUUCGAUCAGAUGCUAUAAAAUAUGGACAGAUCCAAAAUGAAACAGGUGACAAAUUACAUUACAGAGAAAAUAUCAACAUCCCAACAACCAACUUAAAUAUUGACUACAUCCAAAGCUUGGUGUGUGUAUGUAUGUUUGUGUGCGCGUGUGUGUGUGUGAGACGUCUUCUUUUUACUGCAGUUAGACUUGAGUAGUUCCUGUGGGUUGCAGCUGCUCCAUCACCUCCAGCCUUUAAUGAGCUCCGGUUUAGCUCAAGUGUUGCUUUCGUCUGUCACGCAGUGCCCCAUGUCGGAUCAUUUCUCCCGGUGCUCAAAUGAUUUUCUUUUUGGUACAUAACCAAGAGAAAUAUAUGUUUUUAAAAGUAUAAAAAGAUUAAAACAUUCAUCAUGGUUGGCAGGCAUCCAUUUAAUUCAGAUCAGAGAUAUUAUGUGUAGAUUUACCAGUGAAGAGAAGUGUGAAGUUUUUCGGUAUGAAAACCUAACUUGGGUUCGAGUUUAGGUGCAUCCCGUUGGGGUUUUUGUCAAUAUUCAAGUAUUUGAAGCAUGUGUUGUCCUUAAAGGACACAGCCUACGUUGUCCUUUAGGUUGUUUCACAUUCGACCAUCUAAAAGGUGGUGUUUUUAUUCGUUCACGUCUUGUACAGAUAAUCUUAUUUUUAUCAGCUGUCUCUUGCAUUGUAUACUAUGUAUACAUUCAUCUACCUGUAUAAAAUAAAGUA